AUGAAGACGUGUUAUUGUUUGAUGAGACUGGACGGCGGUGAAUUUUCUGAACUAUUUUCUGAGUCAGCACGCAGAGUGGCAUUACGCGAUGUGUUCAAAGCACGAUCCCAAGGUGAUGUUCAUGUUAGCGUUCUUCUGAUCAGACGCAUCGUGUACAAAGGUGCGGAGAACGUGAAUAGUGUGUUGAUGGAGAAGAAAACUUAA